AUGUUCAUCCGUAAUAAUAAUAAUUUAAAUAAUUUAAAUAAUAAUAAUUUGGUUAAUAGUUCGGAUGAGUCGAGUAAUGCAUUCCAAGAUGUUAAUCAAUUACCUCCAAUGAUUCAAAUAGAUCAACAACAAAUGCCUGGAGAAUCUCCAUCAUUGGGAAAUGUUUACUUUUCUAUUGGAAAUCAAUUGCCUAGUUCCUUCACAGAUAAUAGUCAAUUAAUGGAUGGCACUGCAGCUAGUGUUGCAGUUCAACCUCAUGCAAAUACUCCAGAAAAUUCACCAAAUGAAUCGGCAACGAUUUUGAAUACGAGUAGAAUUUCAAUUAUUAGUAAUUACUUUUAA